AUGUUCGUCCCGCGGGAGGAGGACGAGAAGACGGCGGCGGGGCACCUGCGGGCGUGGGAAAAUUAUGCAAAUGAGAAUGGUAGCAAAUCUCGCGGCUACGUCCGGACAUGCGGCGUCGCGGCCUCCGCCACUUUGAAUAUUCACGAGGCUCCACCCCUCGCCGCCCCGCCGCUCAGGGCGACGCUCCCGCCGCGCCGCCGAGGGGAAGCUUCCUGCACUCGCCACCUGACACAACUUACCCGCUUAUUCCCCCCGCUACCCGACGGCGGAACCGGCCGGGACCCGACCCGCGGGGAGGACCGAGGCCCCGACGCCAGCCCGACGGGCGAAAACCUGACGGCGAACCGGCCGAAAACACGCUUUAAAAUACCGAACUACACCGGCACGCCACACCAACCCAACUCAAGCCACACCAACCCAACUCAAGCCACCCCAACCCAACUCAAGCCACACCAACCCAACUCAAGCCACACCAAUCUAACUCAAGCCACACCAACCCAUCUCAAGCCACGCCAAUCCUUCUCAAGCCACACCAACCCAACUCAAGCCACACCAACCCAUCUCAAGCCACACCAAUCCAACUCAAGCCACCUCAACCCAACUCAAGCCACACCAACCCAUCUCAAGCCACACCAACCCAACUCAAGCCACCUCAACCCAACUCAAGCCACACCAACCCUUCUCAAGCCACACCAACCCAACUCAAGCCACACCAACCCAACUCAAGCCACACCAACCCAACUCAAGCCACAUCAACCCUUCUCAAGCCACACCAAUCCAACUCAAGCCACACCAACCCAACUCAAGCCACACCAACCUAUCUCAAACCAUACCAACCCAUCUCAAGCCACACCAACCCAACUCAAGCCACACCAUCCUAUCUCAAGCCACACCAACCCAUCUCAAGCCACACCAACCCAACUCAAGCCACCUCAACCCAACUCAAGCCACACCAACCCAUCUCAAGCCACCUCAACCCAACUCAAGCCACACCAACCUAUCUCAAGCCACCUCAACCCAAGUCAAGCCACACCAACCCAACUCAAGCCACACCAACCCAUCUCAAGCCACACCAACCCUUCUCAAGCCACACCAACCCAACUCAAGCCACACCAACCCAACUCAAGCCACACCAACCUAUCUCAAACCAUACCAACCCAUCUCAAGCCACACCAACCCAACUCAAGCCACACUAACCUAUCUCAAGCCACACCAACCCAUCUCAAGCCACACCAACCCAACUCAAGCCACCUCAACUCAACUCAAGCCACACCAACCCAUCUCAAGCCACCUCAACCCAACUCAAGCCACACCAACCCAACUCAAGCCACACCAACCCAACUCAAGCCACCUCAACCCAACUCAAGCCACACCAACCCAACUCAAACCACCCCAACCCAACUCAAACCACACCAACCCAACUCAAACCACCCCAACCCAUCUCAAACCACACCAAUCUAA